AAAUUGCGUGGUGCCGUGCGCGAAGAUGUAUUGACGUCGAUUCCCGAGAAACCGAAACUUUCGUGUUUGUCAGUUGUUAUACGCGCGACUGUAUUUACGCAGUCUGUUAAAAUGGCGGAAGCGACUCUUUCAGUGUCUGAGGAUCAGUUCAUCUGUUCAAUCUGUCUGGAUUUACUGAAGGAUCCAGUGACCAUUCCCUGUGGACACAGUUACUGUAUGAGCUGUAUUACAUACUGCUGGAAUCAAGAUGAUCAGAAGAGAAACUACAGCUGCCCUCAAUGCAGACAGACCUUCAAUACAAGACCUGAUUUAGGGAAGAAUGUGAUGCUUGCUAAUAUGGUGGAGGACCUGAGGAGACUUCAGACUGAUCGAUCUGCUCUCAGUUCUGCUGGACCUGAAGAUGUGAAGUGUGACGUCUGUACUGAGAGAAAAUACAAAGCUAUCAAGUCCUGUCUGGUGUGUCUUGAAUCUUACUGUCAAACUCACUUUGAACAACAUGAAGCUUUUCGGACAGGAAAAAGACACAAAGUGAUUGAUGUGACAGGAAGACUUCAGGAGAUGAUCUGCUCUCAACAUGACAAACUCAUCGAGGUUUACUGUCGCACUGAUCAGAGAUGUAUUUGUUUUCUGUGUACGAUGGAUGAACAUAAAAAUCACGACACUGUAUCAGCUGAAGCAGAGAGAACUGAGAAACAGAGAUUACUGGAGGACAAGCAGAGAAAACUCCAUCAGAGAAUCCAGGAGAAAGAGAAGAAGCUUCAGGAUCUAAGAGAGUCUGUGAAGAUUCACACGAUCUCUGCACAGACAGCAGUGGACGACACCGAGAGGAUCUUUACUCAACUGAUCCGAUCCAUUGAGAGAAGACGAUCUGAGGUGAUACAACUGAUCAGAGAUCAGGAAAAGACUGCAGUGAGUCGAGCUGAAGAUCUCUUGAAGAAACUGAAGCAGGAGAUUGAUGAUCUGAGGAGGAGAAAUGAUGAGAUGGAGAAACUUUCACAAACAAAAGAUCACAUCAGUUUCCUUCAGAGUUUUCAGUCUCUCUCUUCAUCUCCUGGAUCUUCAGACAACAUCACUGUCUCUUCUCUUCUCUCUUUUGAUGAUGUGAUGAAAUCUGUCACUAAACUGAAAGAAAAGAUGGAGGAUUUCUGUAAAGAAGAGAUUGAAAAGAUAUCUGAGAAAGUUUCAUUAAUUGUAGUUAUUCCCACCAAUGAACCCAAGAUCAGAGAUGAGUUUCUACAGUAUUUCAGUCUCUUCUCUCUGGAUCCAAACACACCACACAGACGUAUCUGUUUGUCUGAGGAGAACAGAGCGGCUGCUUGCACGGACACAUUUCAGCAGUAUCCUGAUCAUCCAGACAGAUUUGAUGGUUGGUCUCAGGUGUUGUGUAGAGAGAGUUUAUGUGGACGCUGUUACUGGGAGAUUGAAUGGAGUGGUCAUGUGUAUAUAUCAGUGUCAUAUAAGAGCAUCAGCAGGAAGGGACGAGGUCAAGAGUGUGGAUUUGGACGUAAUGAUCAGUCCUGGAGUUUGUUCUGUUCUCCCUCUGAAUGUUCAUUCAUUCACAAUAAGAUAAACACAAAUCUCCCUGUAGUGUCCAGUAAAAUAGGAGUUUAUGUGGAUCACAGUUCAGGAUCUCUGUCCUUCUACAGCGUCUCUGACACAAUGACCCUCAUCCACAGAGUCAACACCACAUUCACUAAACCUCUCUAUCCUGGGUUUAGGUUAUUUCGGAGCUCAUACGUGAAACUUUGUCAUCUAACAAUAUAAAGGAUACAUGCUUAGAUAGUAUGCACAAGUGUCAUCUAAACCAAUUUAUAUAAGUUGACAAAUCCAAAGGCAAAAACUAAAUUAAAACGGAUACACAUUAAAAUAUAGCUGCGAUACCGGGGUCAAGCCAAAAAGGGCACAGAAUGACUCAUGAUUUUAGAUUUAAGUUUUUAGUAGAUUAAGGCAAAACUAUCCAUUUAUCAAACCCGUGACUACUAGGUGGCGCUGUGACGAAACUUUGCAUGCACCCUCAGGUCAUAAUUGUAAUGACAUAUUCCAAGUUUUGUGUCAAUACACAUAGGUUUUGUGAAGAUACAGCCUCAUAUCCCUCUUUUGUGCUCUACGUAAAAUUGUUUGACGUGGUAUACGGAAACUAAAUGGCAAAUCAACACAAAUUCCAUAACUUUGAGUGUCUCUAGAUGCUACACAUUGAUUUUUACACAAAUCAGAGAAAAGCUCUAGGACAAGUUCGAAGAAGUAGGUUUUACGAACAAUUCAAAACAUUUUCAUGACGGAAAAUAACGAAUCAGAAUGAGCCAAGAAAUCAAAAGAAACAAGAAUUUCCACGACUUACGGGUCAGAAGUUAUAAGAAAAAACAUGCAAGUUUGGAUUGUUGGUGGCA